CUGGGUCUCUCCAUCCGCCUCUUUAAGCGCCUCUCACUGGCGCGCCGAGGAAACCUCCCAGCGGCGGUUGCUGUAGUAUGUUGUCAACGGAGAAUCGCGCAUCAAAUUUACUUUUUUUGGGAUUGCCUUAUUCAUUGAAGACUAAUUCAAACUAGAAAGGCUGUAAAAAGUUAUUGAUAUUCUGCUCCCAAUGUGAUAUUUUUUUAUAUAUAUAUCGCUCGAAAUAGGAUCUGAAGCAAUGGGGGCGUUUGGAGUGAUGAUAGGGAUGUUGCAUUACGCCGGGCUUUAUGUUCAGAUUAACACCGCUUUCAAGACUGUUGGAUUUGGCGAAGUAGACAAUUACCUCACUGGAAAUGCGAUCUUCACCGAGGUUCCCCAUGACACGACCACCCAGAGCGGGGAGGAUGUAGAGAUGGCCUGCUCCUUCCGGGGGGCCGGCGCUCCGUCCUACUCCCUGGAAAUCCAGUGGUGGUACUCGAAGAAGCACGGGAGCUGGCAGCAGCAGCAGGAGGAGGAGGAGGAGGAGGAGGAGGAACGCCGGCCAGGCCAGAUCAUCAGCACCAACCAGGUGGUGCCUCUGGAGCAGAUGUCCAAGGAUGCAACCAAAAUAAGUGUGGUGAAGGUCGCCGGCAGCAACAUCUCCCACAAAUUGCGCCUGUCCAGCGUCAAGCCUUCCGAUGAGGGCACCUACGAGUGCCGUGUCAUCGACUUCAGCGGCAGCGUGCCCCAGCACCACCGCGCCCACGCCUACCUCCGCGUGGAGCCGCACAGACCGGGCCUGAGGUCUGCCGACCGGGACCAGACUUCCAGGGCUCAGCAGACCUCCAGGCACCAGGCGGCAGGCGGCCACCUGCAUGCCCACCCCGGGCACCAGGUUGCUGGGAAGGAGCUGAACAGAAAAGAGGCCGUUGGUGGUGGUGGCUGUGGAGAGGACUGUAAGGUGCUGUAAGCUGGUGCAUUUGAGGGGGAGGUACAGAGAGAGAGAGAAAGAGGAGAGAGAGAGAGAGAGAGAGAGAGAGAGAGAGAGAGAGAGAG